ACGUGAUCUGCUGCCAGCGCCGCCAUUUUGGAGCUGCGGAUGAGGAGGGGGAAAGCGGGGGCAAAGAGGGGAACGAGCCGGGAGAGAGGUGGGCGAGCACGAGGGCGAGGGCACGGCCGGGUCCCGGCCGGCCCAAGGAGGCUCGCGGAAGCAGCAGCCGCCGCCCGACCGCAGCAGGAUUUUGAAGAUUGAUCCAAGGGACUGUAUUAAUUUCAGGAAUUGAUUUGAAAGACACUGGCUCUGCCACUUAACAGCCAUGUAACCUUGGAUAUGGAAGAAAGUAGCAGUGUUGCCAUGUUGGUGCCAGACAUUGGGGAACAGGAAGCUACAUUGACUGCUGAGAGUAUCAUCAGUUCUUCACUGGAAAUUGAUGAACAAAGAAAGGCUAAAGCAGAUCCAUUAAUCCAUGUUAUCCAGAAAUUAAGCAAGAUAGUAGAACAUGAAAAGUCACAAAAAUGUCUUUUAAUUGGGAAAAAGCGCUCACGUUCAAGUGCUGCAACACGCUCCCUUGAAACUCAAGAACUUUGUGAAGUUCCAGCUAAAGUAACCCAGUCACCUGCUGCUGAUAUUAGGAGGGCUGAGAUGUCACAAAUUACCCCUGACUCUCUUACCCAGAAUGAUGGGAAGGCUAUGUCUUAUCAGUGUAGCCUUUGUAAGUUUCUGUCAUCAUCUUUUUCUGUGUUAAAAGAUCAUAUUAAGCAGCAUGGUCAGCAGAAUGAAGUGAUAUUAAUGUGCUCAGAGUGCCAUAUUACGUCUAAAAGCCAAGAGGAACUUGAAGCUCAUGUAGUAAAUGACCACGAAAAUGAUGCCAACAAUCACAACCAAUCCAAAGCCCAACAGUGCAUAAGCCCCUCCGAUUCCUUGUGUCAGAGACCCACAGAAAGAAAGAAUGAAACCAUUCCUGACAUCCCAGUAAAUGUGGACAGUCCACAAACUCAUACUGUGCAAACUGCACCAACAGCAGAAAUGGGUAGGAGGAAAUGGUAUGCGUAUGAACAAUAUGGCAUGUAUCGAUGCUUGUUUUGUAGUUACACUUGUGGCCAACAGAGAAUGUUGAAAACACAUGCUUGGAAACAUGCUGGGGAGGUUGACUGCUCCUAUCCAAUCUUUGAAAAUGAGAAUGAGCCCCUAGGCUUACUAGAUUCUUCAGUACCUGCUACCCCUGGUGGGGUUGAUGCAGUAGUCAUUGCUAUUGGAGAUAGUGAACUAAGUAUCCACAAUGGGCCAUCAGUACAAGUGCAGAUUUGCAGCUCAGAUCAGUUAUCAUCUUCACCGACUUUAGAGCAGAAUGCAGAAAGAGAAGUCCACCUCGGUCAGUCAAUUACCCUUGACCCUAAUGAGGAAGAAAUGCUAGAAGUGAUUUCUGAUAUGGAAGAAAAUCUCAUUGCUGAUAGUCUACUUUCAUCAGCACAAAAAAUCAUUAGCAGUAGCCCAAACAAAAAAGGUCAUGUUAAUGUGAUAGUGGAACGAUUGCCAGGUGCUGAAGAAACUCUUUCACAGAAACAUUUCCUUAUGAAUGCUGAAAUUGAAGAAGGGAAAAACCUAAGCCCACUAGAAGCCCAGAUUGAGUGUGAAGGAACGAAUGAUGUUUAUCAUACUGAUAAAUGUACUGUUGAUAUUGGAGGGUUGAUCAUAGGCUGGAGCAAUCCAGAGAAGAAAGAUGAGUUAAUAAGUAAAGGCCUGGCUACUGAUGAGAAUGCCCCACCAGGCCGAAGAAGGACAAAUUCUGAGUCUCUUAGACUACACUCAUUAGCUGCAGAAGCCCUUGUCACAAUGCCUAUAAGAGCUGCAGAGCUGACAAGAGCCAACCUUGGGCACUAUGGAGACAUAAACCUUUUAGAUCCAGAUACUGGACAAAGGCAAGUAGAUAGUACGUUGGCAGCUUAUUCAAAAAUUAUGUCGCCACUUAAAAACUCUUCAGAUGGAUUAACUAGUUUUAACCAAAGCAACUCUACUUUGGUAGCACUCCCAGAGGGUCGACAGGAAUUGUCAGAUGGGCAAGUUAAGACAGGCAUCAGCAUGUCCUUACUCACUGUCAUCGAAAAAUUGAGAGAAAGGACAGAUCAAAAUGCUUCAGAUGAUGACAUUUUGAAAGAGUUGCAGGACAAUGCCCAGUGCCAACCCAACAGUGAUACCAGUUUGUCGGGAAACAAUGUAGUAGAAUACAUUCCUAAUGCUGAGCGACCCUACCGUUGCCGCUUGUGUCACUACACCAGUGGUAACAAGGGCUAUAUCAAGCAGCACUUGCGAGUUCAUCGACAGAGACAGCCUUAUCAGUGCCCUAUCUGUGAGCACAUAGCUGACAACAGCAAAGAUUUGGAGAGCCACAUGAUAAACCACUGUAAAACAAGAAUAUACCAGUGCAAGCAGUGUGAAGGAUCUUUUCAUUAUAAGAGUCAACUGAGGAAUCAUGAGAGAGAGCAGCACAGUCUUCCAGAUACCUUGUCAGUAGCAACUUCCAGUGAGCCAAGAAUUUCCAGUGAUACAACUGAUGGAAAAUAUGUUCAGGAAGGGAGUAAGUCUUCAGUCCAGAAACAAUAUAGAUGUGAUGUGUGUGAUUAUACAAGUACAACAUAUGUUGGUGUCAGAAACCACAGACGAAUCCAUAACUCUGAUAAGCCAUACAGAUGCUCUUUGUGUGGGUAUGUAUGCAGCCAUCCUCCUUCUUUGAAGUCUCAUAUGUGGAAGCAUGCUAGUGACCAAAAUUACAACUAUGAACAAGUAAACAAGGCUAUUAACGAUGCAAUUUCACAAAGUGGCAGAGUUCUGGGGAAAUCCCCUGGAAAGACUCUAUUAAAGAACAGUGAAGAAAGAGCCGAUUCUGUCACUGGAAGUUCAGAAAAUUUGGUGUCAUCUUCAGAACUGAUUUCCCAGGCUCCCAGUGAAGUUAUAGGUCCCAACGAGAAUGAGAAACUGAGCCCUUCAAGUAAUACCUCAUAUAGUUUAGAAAAAAUCUCCAGUCUUGCCCCUCCUGGUAUGGAGUAUUGCGUUUUACUCUUCUGCUGUUGUAUUUGUGGUUUUGAAUCAACCAGCAAAGAAAAUCUCUUGGAUCAUAUGAAAGAGCAUGAGGGUGAAAUUGUAAACAUCAUCCUAAAUAAGGACCACAACACAACUCUAAACACAAAUUAAAUGGAAUAAUUACUUGAGGAAAACGGUAGAAGAAGAUUUCUGUAAACCACGCUUUCACCUUUGCGCUGUCAAAUGGUUUAAUUGACUAGACACAGAAGAAAUGGUGUGAUUUUUGAGGAAAUGACAGAUGUGACUUUGGAACCAAACUUGUCAUAAAAGGAAUUCCAAGUGGA